AUGGAGAGUCACCUAAAACCUCUCAUCGUCGAACGCCGGACGGUCAAAGCGAAAUUAACCAUAUUGAAAAACUUCGUUCAAACUGCAGCUAACGAGACAGACGUUCUUGCGCUAGAGAGACGACUAUCAGUAAACGAAAAAUUGCAUGAAAAAUUUGACGAUGUACAAACACGAAUAGAAACAAUUGUUAUCGGCACAAAUUUAGAAGAAUUGCAUUUAAACGAACGGGAAGUAUUCGAGUCUACAUACUUUAAUACGAUGGCGUCACUCGAGCGACUUAUUCAAAAUCUUCGCGGUCCCGCACGACCGAAUACGUUACAUACACCCUCACCCGUCAUAUCUGAAACGGUUACACCACGAUUGCCUACGAUCACAUUACCAACUUUCAGUGGGGAUUUUGAUAAUUGGUUACGGUUUCGUGAUACCUUCGAAUCGUUGAUUCACAAUAAGGAAGGUUUAACAGACAUACAGAAAUUCCAUUAUUUAACCUCCGCGUUAAAGGGCCCGGCAGCACGCAUGAUAAGCUCACUGGGUGUUUCUGAGGCAAAUUACAAGUUUGCAUGGCAUAGUUUAAAGAAUCGUUAUGAGGAUUCUCAGGCAUUGACCAUUCAUCACGCCGACGCUCUCAUUGAUCUUCCUCCGAUUAGAAAACCGUCGGGUAUCGUAAUUCGUGAAUUUAUAGAUACAGUGAACAAUCACAUCCUUGCACUGGAGGCGCUCGGGCUUCCAGUGAAAACGUGGGAUCUCCUUGUAGUUCUCAUAUUAACAAAAAAGUUGGACCCCGCGUCGCGUGUCGAAUGGGGAAAAAGGGCCGUAAGGUCACAAAAUACACCUACACUUCGCGAAUUUAUCGAUAUAUUAGAAGAGCGAUCGCGAUUGCUGGAACGAACCAAACCGGUAGCUAGCUUGCCCUCCUCCAGUGGUUCAGAAUUAAACAAAAUCAAACCAAGAAAUCAAUUCCAUGUUUCCUCCCAUGUUGCAAGUACGCUAAUUCAGUGCGUAGUAUGCAAGGGAGAACAUACAUUAUUCCAAUGUAAGGAAUUCAGAUCCAUGCCUCAAGCGAAAAUGCACGAAACAAUGAAACGUUUGCAGUGUUGUUUUAACUGCCUACAAACAGGGCACAGUGCAAGGACACGUACUCGCGGAGUCUGCAAAAAAUGUGGUGGCAAGCAUAACACCCUUUUGCAUCGCGAUUAUUCAACGUCGACUUCAAACUUUGUAUAUUCAUCCAGUACACCCUCGCCAAGCAAAGAAUCGUCGUCACAAAAUUCGAUUGUAGAGCCAACAAUUCAGUCUUGCUUAGCGAAUUCUCAGGGAACUGCCGUCGAUUACACAGUUCUAUCAACCGCUCUAGUCCAUGUAGAAGAUAUGCACGGUAACAAACAUGAAUGUUAUGCUCUCUUGGGCGUUGGAUCACAAGCUCAUUUUAUUUCUGAAAAUCUUUGUAAUAAGUUAAAACUUUCGCAAACUAGAAUAAAUGCAAUGACGAGUGGUUUGGGAAUGAUUACGAAUCCCGUAAAAUCAAAGACACAAAUAGUGAUGCACUCCAGAACCGGUAGCUUUAAAUCAAAUUUAGAAUGUCUAGUCAUACAGAAAAUCACUGACAACAUGCCGAGUGUUCCAUUAGAUAGGCGCGCUAUUUCCAUUCCAACGGGAAUUCCAAUAGCCGAUCCACGAUUUAAUGAAUCCAAGGAAAUAGAUUUGUUAAUUGGUGCCGCACUUUUCUGGCAGCUAUUGUGCGUUGGGCAACACAAGGCAAACGCUGGAUUAGUGUGGCAAAAAACAAGACUCGGUUGGGUACUAGGUGGGCAUUUACGUUGGCCUCGAGACAACCCAACAAUUGAUAUUCGCACAUUUCAUACGAUUAAGCUGGAUAGAUUAGACAAUGCUAUCACUAAAUUCUGGGAGAUUGAGGAUAACGUAUCGAUUCAAAACAAUCAAAUAGCGAUAGACGAUAGUGAGACACAUUUUCAAAGGAAUACAACUCGUGAUGCAGAUGGAAAAUAUAUAGUUAGCAUUCCAUUCAAUGACAAAAUUGGAAAAUUAGGAACCUCAAGGGAACAAGCAGAAAAACGCCUGCUGGCCAUGGAACGAAAAUUUGCAAGGAAUCCUACUCUUCGUUCUCAAUAUAAUCAAUUCAUGUUAGAAUACGAACAAUUAGGACACAUGUCGCGUUUCAUUGAUUCCACUAAUACAUUAGAUUCCGGUUACUUCUUACCACACCAUGCCGUUUUUAAGGAAACAAGCACUACCACUAAAUUACGUGUAGUUUUCGAUGGUUCCGCCAAAACUUCAUCCGGAAUAUCUCUAAAUGAGACGCAGCUUGUGGGUCCAACCGUCCAAAGCGAUCUAUUCUCGAUCUUACUGAGAUUUCGAAAACAUAACAUUAUUCUGUCGGCCGAUAUUGAAAAGAUGUAUCGGCAGGUACUGGUGAAAAGGGAGGAUCGAAGGUUUCAGCGUAUCCUUUGGCGCUUUAGUCGGGAAGAUUCUAUCAGCACAUUUGAAUUAAAUACCAUCACUUAUGGUACGGCAUCUGCCCCAUUUUUAGCCACGCGAACAUUGACUCGGGUAGGUCAAGAACAUCUUGACACAUUUCCAAUCACUGCUCAUACGAUCAUUAACGACUUCUACGUGGACGAUUUAUUAACUGGCUGCGAGACAGUGACGGACGCUCAACAAUUACAUCGCGAACUGACAGAUCUUUUAGGGCAGGCAGGUUUUCCAUUAAGAAAAUGGGCUUGCAACCACCGUGACGUGUUAACAGGACUGACUGACGAAACACGACAAGAAAUAAGAUUUGAUACGAGCGACCAUGACCAGAAGACAUUAGGUUUGUUAUGGUCCACAACUACGGACGAGCUUUGGUACACUUUCAAAUCACAUUCGCAGACUCCCGUGACUAAGCGCGCCAUUUUAUCCCGGAUCGCACAAAUCUUCGAUCCUCUGGGUUUGAUAGGGCCUGUCAUUGUGAGAGCAAAACUCAUCAUGCAGCAAUUAUGGCAGCUGCAAUUAGGGUGGGAUGAAACCUUACCACAAGGUUUGCAUACCCAAUGGUCCACCUUUCAUUCGGAAUUACAUCAAGUUAUUUCAUGUAAGGUACAACGUAGAGUAUUGUGUAGUAACGCUAAACGCGUUGAACUGCAUGGCUUCGCGGACGCAUCCGAAAGGGCAUAUGGGGCAUGCAUCUACAUUCGUACGCUAAUGGAGAAUAAUACAUGGUUUGUGCGGCUACUAUGCGCGAAAUCUCGGGUAGCACCCUUAAAAACUAUUUCUUUACCGCGUUUAGAACUUUGCGCGGCACUUUUGCUAUCACGGCUAGCAGAUAAGGUCAAACGCGCGCUCGAGUUGGAUUUUAACUGUGAACAAUAUUGGUCCGACUCCACUAUAACCCUUGCCUGGAUUAAGGGUCCAUCAUCAAGGUGGAAAACCUUUGUUGCAAAUAGGACAUCGGAAAUUCAACAACUAACUUCGACCAAAAACUGGAACCAUGUAAAUUCAGAGCAAAAUCCCGCCGAUGUACUUUCACGUGGUUCUAGCCCUAGCGAUCUGAGCACAAAUCAUCUUUGGUGGUUUGGCCCAAAAUGGUUAACUGAAGAGGUCGAUCAAUGGCUUGCUUCAGACAUUUUUGUGCAGCAUCCACCUGAGGAAAGGCAACCUUCAGUUACAUGCUACAACAUAUUAAAUAAAUCUCAUUCGGACCUUGAUGAUAUCUUUCUGAAAUACUCCAGCUAUUGCCGAUUACGUCGAAUCGUCGCAUAUUGUCUACGGUUCAUCAAUCGACUUAAACUUGUUAUUAGGAAACCGCAAUCUGGCAAAAAUGGAGAUGAUCUUCCAUAUAACAAUCUAUUUUUAUCCACUAAGGAGCUUGUAGAAUCAGAAUACUCACUUGUGAGAUUAGCGCAGCUACGGGAAUUCGUUGAUGAAAUUAAAAUUUUAAUCUCUAACAAGAAACUAAGUUCAACGAAUCGCCUAAUCUCAUUAAACCCAUUUUUGGACAACUUUGGAGUCCUUAGAGUUGGAGGGAGAUUAAUCAAUGCACCUGUGCCUUACUAUCAGAAACAUCCAAUGAUUUUGCCGUAUAAACACCCAUUGUCCACACUUAUUGUAGUUUAUGAGCAUCAAAGACUUUUGCAUGCCGGGUGUCAGCAUACACUAGCGUCAUUACGUUCUCGAUUUUGGCCAAUUUCCGGGAAACGACUAGUGAAGAAGGUCAUUCACGAUUGCGUACCAUGCUUCAAGGUAAAACCCAUUGGUACCAGGUAUAUUAUGGGCAACCUACCUGCCGCUCGGGUAACGCCAGCUCGCGCGUUCGCUACUUGCGGCAUCGAUUAUGCAGGUCCGGUAGUAAUUAAGGAAAGGGGUCGUGGUCGUAUCUCUCACAAAACUUACAUUUGUUUGUUUGUUUGCUUCGCGACGAAGGCGAUCCAUAUUGAAUUGGCGAUAGACCUCACCACCGAUGCUUUCCUAAAUUGUCUAUACAGAUUUAUUUCGCGAAGAGGAAGAAGCCAAUGCAUUUACUCUGACAAUGGGACGAAUUUUAUCGGAGCUCGAAAUGAGCUCAAUGAACUGGGCAUAUUACUGAAUAGCCAACCCCAUAAUGAUAGAGUCCGUACAGCCCUGCCCCAGGAGCAAAUACAGUGGCAUCUCAUUCCGCCUUACUCACCGCAUUUCGGUGGCCUCUGGGAACGCGCGAUCAAAUCAGUUAAAACCCAUUUGAAGAUCGUAAUAGGAACUCAACAAUUGACAUACGAGGAAUUAUAUACAAUUCUCGCGCAAAUAGAAGCAUGUCUAAAUUCGCGACCACUUCAUCCAUUGUCAAAUGAUCCGAAUGAUCUCACCCCGCUCACGCCAGGACACUUUUUGAUAGGCGAGCCUUUAAAUGCUCUUCCACAACCAGAUCUCUUACAUUUAAACCAGAAUAGAUUGAAUAGAUACCAGUUAAUCCAACAAAUAACACAACAUUUUUUUAAGCGCUGGCAACGCGAUUAUCUCACUGAAUUACAACAAAGAUAUUGGCACUGUGCAACAUUAACAAAGCUGACAGUGGAAGCUGGAUGGUCUGAAUGGAAGGACAGAUUUUUACAGACCUUCGCGGACAAAGGAUGGAAUACAGCAAUAUAUGCUAUAUGGUUUAAAUAUAAAGAAGGCUCACUAAUUGAGUAUGCGAUGAAAAAGGAGAGACUAUUAUUAGACAUGGAUAAAGACAUAGGCCCAAAAACACUAAUAACUCUUAUAGCAGCGGGUUUGCCCGAAUUCAUUAGAAAUAAGAUAGACAGAGAAGAAUGUAAAGAUUCGACUGGUUUAUUUAAUGAGGUCAGAAAGUAUGAAAGUUUGGCAAAUAAAAACAAUUUCUUAAAAAAGAAAGAGGGAAAAUAUGAGUAUAAUACAAAAUCGGCAGAAAAGAAGCCAUGCAGGAAUUGUGAAAGUCUGAACAAAGGUAUCAGAUACCAUCCAGAGGAAUCUUGCUGGUUUAAAAUAAAGGAAAAUGAUAAAGGAAAAAGUUCACAGGUCUCCUUGAUAAAUUCGAAACUAGUUAAGGAAACCGGAGGGGGGAAAAAUGUGAAUAAAGCACUUUUAAAAACGGCUAAUGGUGUGAAAAGUACCAAGGGACUAAUAACUAUAAGAAUAAAAACCUUUAACAUUGAGAAAGAAGUGGAUGUAUUCAUAGUUGAAAGUGAAGACUUCGAAGACUUCAUAAUAGGACUGGACAUGAUAAAAGCCUUCAAACUGAUCCAAAAUGAGAAUCUGGAAAUUUCACAAAAAGAAACAAAUAGAUAUUCGAUAAAUUUUAACGAACAUAUACAAGAAGAUGAAUUUAAAAUUAAGAUAGAUCAUCUAAAUGAUGAAAAUAAAGAUAAGAUAGAAAGAUUAAUAGAAGAAUAUAGAACAGCAUUCGCCAAAGAUAAGUUCGAUAUUGGCACAGUAACAGACUACGAAGCCCGAAUAGAUUUACUGGUGGAUAAAUAUUGCAGCAAGAGGCCAUAUAGAUGUACAAUACAAGAUAAAGAAGAAAUAGAAAAACAAGUGGCAAAAUUGCUAGAGAACAACCUAAUUGAGGAAUCUUACAGCCCCUUUGCAGCCCCAUGCCCCAAGCCCAACCUUUUCCACUGA